AUGAGUGAAAGCAACGAUGAUAUGGAACGAGAUCAAAGUGUACGAGAGGCGCAAUCAGAAUCAGAAUCUGAUGAUCUUAACAUGAUGACCGACGAUUCAACUUACAGAAGAGAUGACUCAAGGAGAAUCCAGUCGAUCACAGGAUCGAUGACCGAAGAACAACUGCACAGGUAUGAAAAAUUCCGAGGAAGUGGAUUUCCAAAGGCUGCAGUCAAGAAAUACAUAAGUAGUGUCAUAGGACAGGCAGUAAAUCCAAAUUUUGUGAUUGCCGUGUGUGGCCUUGCAAAGGUGUUUGUUGGGGAAAUGAUAGAGGCAGCAAAGGAAGUUCAAUCCGAGCGUUUGGAGAAAGGACCGUUGUUACCAUCGCAUAUACAUGAAGCAUACAGACGACUGUAUAAAAAGACGCCUUGUAUAAAGGUAUUCAAGAAAGCGCCCUGGCAUUGA